AUGGAGUUUCCACACAGGACACAGCAGCAACAAUCACCAACCCUCCCGGAGCCGCUGUCCCUCCACACUCCUCUUCCACAACCGAUGGCGAUACCGCUUCGCACGGCAAACAGUACCCCUGUAUCUUCGCCAGGCCUCUUCAGCCCGACUGCAUCACGAUACCCUUAUACCUCGAUUUCCGAACGUAAUUCGCCGGCUCCUAUCAACGACAGCCCGUUCCUAUUGCAUCCGUUGCAAAAUCAGCACAAAGUCAGAGAGACCCACAAAGCCCUCAUCGACUCUGACAAUCUCAAUGGGCGCAAGACCAUCAAUCAGUAUGAAGUGAUUGAGGAAAUCGGCCGUGGCAUGCACGGUAAGGUCAAGCUUGCGAGAAACUUGGAAACUGGCGAAAAUGUUGCCAUCAAAAUCAUUCCUCGAUUUUCCAAGAAGCGAAGGCUAGGAAAGGUCAUGGCCCUGUCGCCCCAAGACAAGACUAAAAAAGAGAUUGCAAUCUUGAAAAAAAUCCGACACUCCAACGUGGUUGCCCUUCUCGAGGUGAUUGACGAUCCCGAGCUCAAGAAAAUCUACAUGGUGCUGGAGCAUGUGGAAUUGGGCGAGAUAGUCUGGCGAAAAAAGGGCCUGCCACACAUCUGCCUGUAUGAACGAAGGCGUACCGAACGGGAGAUGGGAGGCGUUGCUCCGACAGCUGAGGAGGAGCAAUACAACCAGCUUCUCGAACGAAGACAGGCUAUCAAGGAACUCAAGAGGGCCAGGAUGGCCCAAAAAUUCCCCGGCACGUCCGACUACUGGAGCAUGGAGCAUGGCGCGGCCGAAGAAGGCGGCAGUGUUGGUCACUGGUCUCGAGUCUCUUCUCGUGAUGACUUUGCCAUUACGGAUGGUCCUUCAUCACCUUCGGGUUCUCGACGCUCAUCAGCAGCCCCGUCCCGAUCGCUUUCACUCACCUCGGCAGGUUUGAUACCCUCCGACUUGGCGGAAGACCUCUCGUGGGUUGACGAAGUGGAAACACCUGGUCCUCUUCGCUCAGGCCCCGGCUCUACGGCCGCUCUUGACGGUACCGUUGAUGGUACCGCGCUCAACGUCCAUGCUGAAAACGGUUCUGGGGAGAAGUUCCGUGAACGAUCAUCGAGUGUGGCCGAUUCCAUCAUUUCGCACAUGUCUUCUGUCGACUACAACCCCUAUGCCCAAGAUCCUUUUGCUGAAGACUACUCCUUUGUGCCGUGCUUUACCUUUGAACAAGCUCGGUCUACCUUUCGAGAUACGGUCUUGGGCCUGGAGUACCUGCACUACCAAGGCGUUGUUCAUCGAGACAUUAAGCCCGCAAACCUGCUGUGGACCAGAGAUCACCGUGUAAAGAUAUCUGAUUUUGGAGUCUCGUACUUUGGUCGACCCAUCCGUGAUGGGGAGCUAGAUGAGACGGUAUCUGAAUCAGAGGCCAAGGAUUUCGACGACGACCUUGAACUUGCCAAGACGGUCGGAACUCCUGCCUUCUUUGCGCCCGAGCUUUGCUACACAGACUUGGAAAGUGCCACUCAACCUAGAGUGUCGGAGCAGAUUGACGUCUGGUCACUCGGCGUGACUUUGUAUUGUCUUGUUUUUGCUCGAAUACCCUUUCUGGCAGAAGAUGAGUUCCAGAUGUUUCGAAGGAUUGCCACGGAGGAGGUUCAUAUCCCUCGUCGCCGUCUGAAGCCCGUCGAUCCCUCAACCUCACCUGUGGAGCAUUCUCUGUACAAGCGGCAGAAUGCACACCCUUACCGUCAUGAUAACGACCUCGAGUACGAGGACGUUGACAAUCUCCUGUACGAUCUGCUUCGGCAAAUGCUGACCAAGAACCCCGAAAAGCGAAUACGCCUCCGGGACAUCAAACGGCACCCGUGGGUUGUACAGGGCAUCUCCAACGUUGCCGGCUGGCUCGACGACACCGACCCAGCAAGACCGUCCCAGGGAAGGAAAAUCCAAGUCGAUGAAAAGGAUAUGUCAUAUGCUGUCGUUCCUCUCACCUUCCUGGAACGUGCCCGGUCGGUCAUGAAAAAGGCUGUGGGGAAGGUAAUGCAUCCGCUGGGGGAACGAAGCGACAGCAGGUCGAGACGGCGCGCCACCAGCAGCGUAGCCAGCUCUGCCGGCGACAGCGUGCUCAAGAAUGCCGUUCCCAAUACGCAGCCAAGCUUGGAGCGGCGACUCAGCCUUCGUGCCGAGGAUUACUUUGCUGGCGCGACGAGAGACACGCCGCUCGGAGGUCCAAGUCAGCCGGCGACAGCUGCCACCUCCACAACGGCUCAUGCUGAUGAUGCCUCGAGCUACGAUCCGCUGGCUACAGUGUUGCGGCCCGUGGAAGGGUCCAGGGGCUUGUGGCUUUCGCAUGGGAGCAACCAUCUCAGCAGCAGCAGUCACUCUGAUUUUUCUGCCGCCACGGCUUGCUCUCGCCGGUUCCAGCGCCAUCUCAAUCACGGCAGGAUGACAUCGCAAUUCUUGCAGCUCGUCCCAGCCCUUUCCGAAACCCAAUCCACUCCCGUGACACCACACGUGGAAGCUCAUUCACACCCUCCCCGAGACGGAAGCCGGAUGUCGCGAGCCCUGCAGUCGCAGAGUGAGGAUAACUCCCGAUCCGCGUCUAUUGACCGAGGACUUUUCCUGAGUUUGGACAAGCGAUCACACGGAUCCUCGUCCGUAUCAGCUGCUGUUGCGACUGGCAUCAUGUACGAUCAUCACCACCGACACUCUGGGCCGGUCAAGUCCCUGGAUUUAGGGAGGGCAACUCGGGGAUACAACAGUCCUUCGCCACCUUCCUCUUCUCCUCCACAAGCUGGCCCCGCCGCGUAUCAACAUGGGCAGCCUCUAUCAGACUCCAACCUCCAACUUCGGCAGGCAUGUAGCAGCGGCCCUUCAACCAACCCUCCAGCGACCGUAGGAAGUCUUGACAGCUUGAAGCGCCCCGCACUGUAUGCAACCCCCAGCGUGCCAACUGAUCAGUUCAUCCAGAGUGUCGAUGCCGCUGUUGAAUCGCUGACUCAUUCUCAAGUCCUGCCGGCAGACGGAAUUGAGCCGGCCAAAAUCCCCUGCCCGCCGUCUCCGAAUUAUGCGGCGGCGAGGGCUUGGCCAGAGCAUGCCGUUCUGCCCAGCGGCGAUGCCAUCAAUACGGCCAAGUCAUCCAGUGUGGAGUCUAUGGAUAGUACAGGAACACCUCUCACGAGCCCCGGCGAAACAGCUAGCCCGUCGAGCACCGAACGCAACAAAAGCGUGCCAGAACAGCUUCUGAUCUUCCAGUCGGACCCUUCCCUGCCAGCUUUACUGAGCGGCGCAAGCUCCGUGUCUGCCGACAUGGAGACUGAAUUGCUGGGCUCACCUCGGUUUGCAAACGGGCAUGGCUUACGCCAUGAAGGCUCGUCUGAGGCAGUCACACCUCCUGCACUUGUGGAAGAACCGACAGUGAGCCCCUUGUUUGAACAUCCUCCAGCCAUGGAGAGUGGUCCGAUUAGAUUACGUCUUGGGCAUGACGGAGAAAGCUCUCCCGAGGACAUGGAUCCAUCGACACCACAUGCUGACGAAGAAGAGGACAGCGACGACGGGAUCUUCUUGAUGGCCUCUUCAAAGAAGAAGGCCUCUCCGACAGACGCCUCUCCGACAGGCAGGUCAAGGUCCCGACCUGGUGAAACCAGACGACGCGACACUGGGGCAAGCACAGCCAGCAACGAAACCGCCAAGAAGGUUGCUGUCUGCAGCGACGACCUGCGGGCUCCAGGCAGAGACGUGACGGGAUGA